ACCCAUCAAUGCCUCCCUCCUCCGCCGCCGCCACCACCACCAGCUCGCCGGCUCGUCUCCCUGCUCCGCUUCGCCUCCUCUGAUCAUCUGUCUCGCUCUGGUCUCCUCACCCACCGCCGCACCGCAGUGGCAUUGCCGUCGAGGUCUCGAGGAGAGGGAGAUGAGGCCUCUGUACCUGCGCAGCAGCGGCAGCUUCAAGAAGCUGCUCCUCUCCAUCGGCCACCGCGGCACCAAGAACGGCAAUGGGGGCGUCGACGCGAAGGAGAACGAGACACCCGCGGCGGCGCCGGAGUCGCCACGGAAGCCCGCGUGGCGGUGCUUCUCCUACGACGAGAUUCACCGCGCCACCAACGCGUUCCACAAAGAUAACUUGGUGGGGAGAGGCGGGUCGUCCGAGGUGUACCGCGGCGAGCUCGCCGACGGGAGGACGGUGGCGGUGAAGCGGCUGAUGGGGGCGUGGGCGUGCGAGCGGCGGGAGCGGGACUUCCUGGCGGAGCUCGGCACGGUGGGGCACGCGAGGCACCCCAACGUGUGCGCGCUCCUCGGCUGCUGCGUCGACCGCGACCUCUACCUCGUCUUCCACUUCUCCGGCCGCGGCUCCGUCUCCGCCAACCUCCACGAUGAGAAGGCGCCGGCGAUGGGGUGGGCGGUGCGGCACGCCAUUGCCGUCGGCACGGCGAGGGGGCUGGAGUACCUACACAAGGGGUGCCAGAGGAGGAUCAUCCACAGGGACAUCAAGGCCUCCAACGUGCUGCUCACCGACGACUUCCAGCCUCAGAUUUCCGAUUUCGGGCUCGCCAAGUGGCUGCCGUCGGAGUGGACGCAUCGGGCGAUCGCGCCUAUCGAGGGAACAUUCGGGUGCCUGGCGCCGGAGUACUACACGCACGGCAUCGUCGACGAGAAGACGGACGUGUUCGCGUUCGGCGUCUUCCUCCUGGAGAUCAUGACCGGGAGAAAGCCGGUGGACGGCAGCCACAAAAGCCUUCUCAGCUGGGCGAGGCCGUUCCUGAACGAAGGGAUGAUCGAGUCGCUGGUGGAUCCAAGGAUCGGCGGCGACUACGACGGCGAGCAGGCGAGGCGGCUGGCGUUCGUGGCGUCGCUCUGCAUCCGCUCGUCGGCGACGUGGCGGCCAUCCAUGACCGAGGUGCUGGAGCUGCUGGAAGGCAUCGAGAUCCGGCAAGACCGGUGGGCGAUGCCCGAGGCGGAGGACGCCGACGAGGAGGAGCUGUGGGGAUUCGAUGACCUCGACGACGAUGACAAUGUCGAUGAUGAUGACGACGAUGAGGAGUUUAACACUGCCUCCCCUUCUUCCUCCUCGUCACCUUUGAGCAAUCAGUAGCUAGGACUUAGGAUUAAGUCGUAAGAAAUAUGGGGGAUGUUUGUGAUGUUACAAGAUGAAAAUUUUGAUAGAUGCUCCACUGGGUCCACUUGUAAAUAGAAAGAUUUUUCAUCUUAUCAUCCAACAGUCUAUGAAAAGCAAGUAGUACCAGUCCCAUUGAUCUUGACAUGAACAUCAAAAGAUAGUGUACUUCCACGCAAGAAAUACGGGGGGAGAAGUGUGUUGAUGAAUGUAUUAAGGCAGCGGAAUAGUAGCAAGCAAACUGAGAUUUUGU